AUGGAAGAAAGAAAACAAAAGGAGAAUGUGCCUGGAAAUGCUGUUAAGGCUUCUUCGGGCGAUUGCAUCAAUUUCUUGUAGGCUAUUCUUAAGAACGGUUGUGGAAUAGAUAGGGACGUGUUAUUAAAUUUAAAAAUUAAACAGUUAAAAAAAAAAAAAUAAAUAAAAACAAUUAAUCCGGAGGAAAAUCAUGAAAAUCAAAAUAUUAUUGCUCAUUAUGGCUAGUUAUGGCCUAAAAGCCACCAGCGGUUGUACUGAGAAAGUGUCUACCGUCAAACAUCGUGUAACCUUGGUAACAAUGCGCAAAUAUCCCGAUCGUUGUGACUCUCUGGAAUGCCCCUCAGGUUUGAAUCCAUUUGUGCUGCGACCGGUCAGAGAAACCUACACCGACAUGGAAGAGGUCUGCUGUGAGGGUUAUGAACGAGAAAGUGAAUCUGGAGCCUGUCUGGCGAAAUGUGUCGACUGUAAGGGUGGACGAUGUAUCCGUCCCGGUAUAUGCCUCUGCGCCAUGGGUUAUAGUAAUCUGCGGAACGAAACAAUUUGUGAGCCGGUGUGUAGUGAACCCUGUGUCAAUGGUAAAUGUAUUGCGCCUGAUGUGUGUGAAUGCCAGAAGGGUUCGCACUUCGUGACGGGCAGUUCGAACGAGUGUGAAUAUGACUGUGACAAGGGUGUGGAUUGUGAGAAUGGUCAUUGUAGUGCCAACGGAGAAUGCCAGUGCAACGACGGCUAUCGCAGGGAUGAAAAACAGCAACGCUGUGUGCCCGUCUGUGAGGAACCCUGUUCGAAUGCCAUGUGUACGGCACCGAAUGAGUGUACUUGCUGGGCGGGUUACAAACUACGCCUGGGUUCGAUAAGUCAAUGUGAUCCGGUGUGUUCGAGCGGUUGCACCAAUGGGGUGUGCAAGGCACCCGAUGUGUGUGAAUGCAAGGAGGGCUAUAUGAACUUUGGCAGCAUUGAAUCGCAGGGUUGUAUUCCGGUGUGCCGGGACAAAUGUGUGAAUAGUUUUUGUACGGCGCCCAAUCAAUGUACCUGCUUCGAGGGUCAUGCCUAUCGUAAUCGUUCGCGUAGCAUUUGUGAACCCACCUGCCCCAAGGAUUGUGAAAAUGGUUUUUGCAGUGAACCGGGUCUUUGUGAGUGCCAUGAGGGUUAUGAAAAAACCGAACCGCAUCGUUGUUCGCCCAUAUGCAAAGAUGAAUGUGUGAAUGGUUACUGUUCGGCUCCGGAUACGUGUAAAUGUCAUGAGGGCUAUAUUUAUGCCGAUAGCAAGGAGAAGGUCUGUGAGCCGCUCUGUACCAAGGGUUGUCGCAACGGCAACUGUACCUCGCCCAAUGUUUGUACCUGUAAUCCAGGCUAUCAACCUCUGCUAUUCUAUCAUUGCAUUCCCAUUUGCCGUAAACCCUGCAUACAUGGCACCUGUACAGCUCCGGACACCUGUCGCUGUUUCAUGGGCCACAAGCCCAAUCCCGCUAAUCCAAAUCAAUGUGAUCCGAUUUGCAAUUUUGAUUGUGAUCAUGGCAAGUGUAUUGCCCCGGGAACGUGUAGCUGUGAUCCGGGUUAUGAAAAGAAAUGGGUGACGGGAAAAUGUGAGCCGCACUGUCCCCAGAAAUGUGUGAACAGCAUUUGUUCGGCCGGAGGUGUUUGUCGCUGCUAUGAGGGCCAUAAGUUGCGUGAAGGAUCAAAAUCUAUUUGUGAUCCGGUCUGCAACCCCUCCUGUAUCAAUAGCAAUUGCGUGGAACCGAACACCUGUGAAUGCUGGGACGGCUAUGAGGAGACCAAACAAUCGAAUCUUUGUGUGGCCCAUUGUCGGCCGUACUGUGAGAAUGGUGUGUGCGUGGCGCCCAACAAAUGUCAAUGCCACGAAGGCUAUAGAGUAGCGAAUGCCAGCACUCCACACAGUUGCCAGGCCAUUUGCAAGGAAACAUGCAUCAAUGCCGAAUGCCAGCAGCCAAAUAAAUGUGUCUGCCUCGAGGGUUAUCGUUUCCUAAACAACAGCACGGUGGAGUGUGAACCGAUUUGUGAGCAAUCCUGUGAAAAUGGUUACUGUGUGGCGCCCAACACUUGUAGCUGUAAAUCGGGAUUUGUAUCGCGCAAUAAUCCCGAUACGGGAUAUAAUGAAUGUGUUGGCUUCUGCAAUGAAUGGAAUUGUCGUGGUGGUAGCUGUUCCUCGUCAACGACGUGUGAGUGUCCCGCGGGUAUGGUGUAUGAAGUACUGCGCGGUAUGUGUAUGGCCGAGAGUGUGGAGAAGGAACGACUUUUUAAUGGGGGUGUUCCCGUUUCACGCUGGACCAUAGCCACUGUGGCCAUUAUCCUGUUCGCUGUGUGUGUUUUGGCGCUGAUUUUGAUAUUCCGUGAAAUUGCCCAUCGGAGAGUGCACGACAAGCAGCAUGUGCGUUUAAUUGAAAAUCCUUCAUUUGGUGUUCUACUGCCCAAUGAUCGCCUAGAGCAUGAGGACGAAGAUCGUUCCGAUACCACACAUGAAUUGAGUACUUAAUGGUGGAAUCUCCCGGCAGAGAGCGGAUCAAUGUAUAUGAAUUAUGAGAAACAAGACUCAAAAUUUUGAAAUUAAAAAUUUUAAAAAUACAAUUUUUUGAAAAAUUUUAUUUUAUUAUUUCCUAUUUAAUUUUUCGAAAUCAUAUAUAUAUUGCCAUAUAUAUAAGAAAUUUUCAAAAAUUUUGAAAAUACAUAUUUUUGAAACUUUUUGUUGUUUUUUAUUUAUUUUUUCAAAAUCAUUUUUCUAUUGCCAAUUAUAUAAGAAAUUUCCAAAAUUUUUAAAAAUAAAUAUAUUGAAACUUUUUGUUGUUUUUUAUUAUUUUUUUAAUAUAUCUAUUGCCAUAUAUAUAAGAAAUUUUCAAAAAUUUUGCAAGUACAUUUUUUGAAACUUUUUAUUGUUUUUUAAUAUUUUUAUAUUUAAUUUCUCGAAAUUAUACAUAUCUAUUGCUAUUUAUAUAUGAGUAUAUCACUUGGUAUAUUGGGGGUUUUCUUUAAUUUCUUUAAUUUUCGUUACAUAUAUAUACAUC